GUGGUAGUGGCGCUGCAGCUGCCAGCUCACACUUCCACCGAGAAGCUGAGGUCAAACUUGGCUGUCUCUCAUUUCUCUGUCUGUGACCGGGGCCGCAUCAUCACCAUCAUCAUCACCAUCAUCAUCAUCAUCAUGGCGGAUCAAGGCGAAUCUCCGAAUAUCGUCCACCAUCCGCAGCCUACAGCCAGCUGGCCAAUUACCAGGGAGUCCUACGAGCUGCAGGGAGUUAUAGGCAGUGGGGCCACAGCUGUGGUGCAGGCAGCCCUGUGUACCCCUAGACAGGAGCGCGUGGCCAUAAAGAGGAUCAACCUGGAAAAAUGCCAGACCAGCAUGGAUGAGCUGUUGAAAGAAAUUCAAUCUAUGAGUCAGUGCAGUCACCCAAACAUCGUGACCUACUACACUUCCUUUGUUGUGAAGGAUGAACUUUGGGUGGUGAUGAAGCUCCUGAGUGGAGGCUCCAUGCUGGAUAUAAUUAAACAUUCAAGCAAAGAAGAGGAUAAAAAUCUCAGAGCUUUUGAUGAGCCCAUUAUUGCCACGAUAUUAAAGGAAGUUCUAGAGGGCCUGGACUAUCUCCACAGAAAUGGACAGAUUCACAGGGAUGUGAAAGCUGGAAACAUCCUGCUGGGAGAAGAUGGAUCUGUUCAGAUUGCAGAUUUUGGUGUAAGCGCUUUUCUAGCUGCAGGGGGCGACAUGACGAGACACAAAGUUCGAAAGACUUUUGUUGGGACGCCGUGCUGGAUGGCUCCAGAGGUGAUGGAACAGGUUCGAGGCUAUGAUUUCAAAGCAGAUAUUUGGAGUCUUGGAAUUACAGCAAUAGAGUUAGCAACAGGCUCUGCACCUUAUCACCGCUACCCUCCAAUGAAGGUUUUAAUGCUUACUCUACAGAAUGAUCCACCCACCCUAGAGACGGGUGUUGAGGACAAGGAAAUUCUCAAAAAAUAUGGAAAAUCAUUUCGAAAGCUUAUAACAAUGUGCCUUCAGAAAGAUCCUGCAAAAAGGCCUACAGCAUCUGAGCUUUUGAAGUGUAAAUUCAUCCAAAAGGCUAAGAACAAAGAAUAUCUUGUUGAAAAUCUUUUAAGUCGUGCACCAAAGAUUUCUCAAAGAGCAAAAAAGGUGAGGAGAGUCCCCGGCUCUAGUGGCCACCUGCACAAGACGGUAGACGGAGACUGGGAGUGGAGCGACGACGAACUGGACAUGGGCAGUGAGGAGGGUAAAGCGGCGGUGAAUCAGGGCAGGGUACGUGAGUCACGAAGGGUCAAAUAUGAGGCCAAAGACAAUGAGGAAGAUGCCAACAAUGUCCCUAUAGAAGGCUUGUCUGUUCAGCAUCCCCAGGUGGAGCCAUAUGAGAAUACACCCUUCAUUGAAGGUCCUAUGAACAUGGUACUACGACUACGGAACUCCAAAAAGGAGCUAAAUGACAUUCGGUUUGAGUUCACCCGUGGGCGAGACACUGCUGAUGGCGUUUCCCAGGAGCUCUAUUCAGCCGGUCUGGUCAACGGACUCGACGUCUCAGUUGUUGCUGCUAACCUUCAAAAGAUUGUAGAUGACCCGAUUACCUAUAAAGUGUUGACCUUUAAGCUGGCUUCCGGCUGCGAUGACACAGAGAUCCCGGAUGAGAUAAAGUUGAUCGGCUUUGCACAGUUGAGUGUUAGCUGAUGCUCGCUUUAUCCUUAAAGAAGGUGAGGCAGGGAAGACAUUUCAGGGCAGGCAGACCGAGGAACACACACCGACCACCACCACAACCUGCUAUAUCUUUCCAACACCUUUCGGGAAAAGUCCCGCCUCUUAUUUCUUUCACUCCUUUAAUUUCCCUGAAGCUCUGCCGUCGCUUCACCACCAUCCGUGUAGCGUCACGUUCCCUGCUUGCUAUCCCUUGACCUCUAACCUUAACAUUCCAGCACCCAGCGCACAGAACAGAACCAGGAUACAGCCCAGGAACCAAAAGAUGUACUCAGGUGGUAAAAGAAGGUGAUAAAUAUGUAGCUUUGAAUGUUUUAUUUAAUUUAUCAACUCCUCUUUUGUUCUACACUGUGUUGCAUCACUUUUUUUUUUAUUAAAGUUCUCAUUAUUUAUUGAAAUGAGAGGAUAUUUAAAACAAUAUAGAUUUAUGUCCCACCGUUUUGUUGCCACUGUGAAAGGAAAUUUACCAACAAACCCACUGAAUGGUGCCCAUGGUCUCAGUCAGAAUGUUAGGUUCGUUACAUGUAGAUAUAAGCACAUUUUUUAUAACAACAUAAUGAAUGUUCGAAGGAAACCCCAGAGUGAAUUAUUUUAUGUGUUCAGAUCUCUUUUUUUGCUAAGAAUUAGGGUGCUUGGUUGAGUGUGCAGAAAUAAAUGAGACCUGGAUGUUACUGUGUACACCUUGCUACUCUCAACAGUGUUACGGUUUCAGAAAAUGUUAGAGGUGCCUUGUUCAUUUUUUUUCGUGCCUAAGAAAGUUGCUAGCAAGUGAGACCACAUAGAGAGCAGAACCGACUGAUCUUCACUUCAUCAACGUAUUCCUCCUGCAAGGACAGCUCAGACAUGCUCAGUGUGGCGAGAUGAAAUGCACUUUUGAGUUAAGAAUGUACAACCAACAAACUGACUAUUAAUUUUAGAUGCCGUUUUUCAUCAGACAAAUAGAAGGUGAUGGAACCUGCAGUCGUAAACUCUUGCUCUAUUAUUGUCUAUCAAAUGUCAGAACCCAAAACAGGGUUGUUUUUCUUGUUUGUUUUGCUUAAAGAUGUAAAUUAGCUACCUAAUUGUAUUGUAUGACAUCUAAAAUUGGAACAAAACAGCUUCUGCUGAUUGUGAAGAGCGUUUUCUUUUUUCUUUUUUUCUUUCUUUUUGUCCAAACAAGUCCAGUAGCACUAAGACAUUUUAGGAAUACAAGUGUUAAAUAAUAACUCCUCUAAAACCGUUUAUUUUCAAAGGUAUUUUUUUUUUUUUUUUAUGUACGCUACGUGCAUCAUUUCAGUGUAUUACCCAUUCUCCUUGUCUGUAAUCAGCUAAUGUCAAAUUUGUAAUGAGGAGAAACAAAU